AUGGUACCAGAUGUGCUGUCGGAUCCAGCGCUGGACGCUGCUGAUCUAAAGGUUGUUAAGCAGGAAGAGGCCGAAGAGUGUAGAUUGGCGGGAAUUCCACAUGCACGAUCGAUCUCAGUUGCGUCGGAGGCGAUCAACAUGGAAGAAAGUGCAGAAAGGGUAAACUUGGAAGACGUCGCGGGACCGGCACCUACAGCUACGCUCAACGACGGAUCGGCAGAAAUCCCGGAACCACCAUCAGACGCGACCCUGCCCGCACUAAAAGACGAAGAAGAAGAUGGCGAGAUCUAUGAUACACCACCCUCAUCGCCUCCACCCCGCAUUCCAAGACCACACAGGUGUCCAAAGUGUUGGCCCCGCUGGCCACGCAAGGCGCACCUUAGCAUUAUCCGACAUGCCGAAUCAACAGGAAACGUCGCGCAUCUCCUCCAAGGCCGCACUGACGCUCCGCUGACCGUAUAUGGACAUCAACAAGCCGCAAGUCUUGCUUCAAAUAGUAUUUUCAGUGAGUACCCGCCGACGAAGGUGUUUGCCUCACCGCUACAGCGCGCAAGACACACGGCAGAGGCACUCGUCGCCGGGUUGAAGAUUGCGGACAGGAAAGUGGGAAGGGAUAUUAUGGGACUGGAAAUGAUAUUGGAUAGAGGGUUGGUUGAACGAGAUCUAGGAAGAAGGGAAAACACCAGUUGGAAAAUGGCAAAAAAGCUUCCGCCGGCUGAACCGGAUAACCUUGGCGGCGAACACAAAGAGACGUUCAAGAGGAGGGUAAGGAGGUGUGUCGAGCAGUACCUACGCCUUGCACGAGAACUUGUCGACAGGGGCGAGGAGAAUGUUCACAUCGUCGUCGUGACCCACGGCUUAUUCCUGACCGAGUACCUGUGGCAGGUGGAACACUUGGUAUCGAACUAUUGUGGUACAAACCCGCAAGGUAUCCUGUGUGACAUACCACCUGCAGCGAACGCGAGUAUUUGGACAUAUGAAUUAGAGUUUCCUGCACCCUCGAUGGGGCGAAACGACUGGAGAUUCGCGGCGCAGAUGAGCCCUGCGAGGAUGAACAAUACGAGCCAUUGGAGUGGGCGUUUGGAAAGGCAGAGGGGUGGGCUUGGGAGUAUGGCGUAUGAUAAGCGGCAGAAGACUUUAGAUGGAGUUUUCAGGAAGGGAGGGAGGGAGUCGUGA